GCGGUAUUUGUCGAAACGUUUGUAAACCCUAAUCACUCGUACAACCCAUUUGCAAGGGCGAAAUAUAUGAAGUACUUGGACACAAUUAUACAAAUUUAAAUUGCGCACAAUAUCAAAUGACACAUGCAUAAAGUGGAGUUUGACAGACAGACACUGUACUUAACCUCAAAGUAUACAAACCGCGAGAGGAACGAAACAGAGCGAAAAUACCGAUUUCUAAUGUUUUUAAAAAUUGAGUGACAUUCAGAAAAUAUGUUUGAAUGACAGCAUGUAAACAAAAACCGAUCGCCACAUAUCACUUUUCUGGUCUAAAUUUAUCGAAAUCGUUACUCUGCUAAUUUUUCUGAUAAUAUUUCAUUUGUACUCGGUUUGAGUUGUUCUUGAUUCGUGUUUUCGUUCGAUGUAAAUAAAAAAAAUCAUGAGCGACUUCUGAGAUAAUCUUCUUCUCAUAGAAAUAAAAAAAACACAAUUGAUAUUGCGUCUCUUAAACUGAGUUAAAAUAAUAAAUAGUUUUUUUCUGUGGACAUAUUGACGGAAAUUCCUUUAAUAACAAAAUAUUGGCUUUGUGUGUGUGGGGUUCGUGUGACGCAAUUCCGGUGGUGUUAAAUAAAAUAGACAAUAAAAUAAAGAAAAUUUGUUUGAAACAAAAAAACAAACAAACAAAACUGGGCAAAAAAGAACAAAAAAAAUGACACUACUUUAUCUCGUUAGCUUAAUAGCGAUAUUAAUUCAAAUUUGUAGUUUAACUAUAGCAGUUGCUGCUGGCUUGUAUUAUCUCGCUGAGUUGGUGGAAGAAUAUACAGUGAUAGCGAAAAAAGUAAUCACAGUUGAAGUGCUGUUCGUGACGACAGUUUAUUUACUGUUCGUGUUUAGUGACAACCUUCCAUGGUCAAUGGUGAUUUGUGGCCUUCUCUCGCAAAUGCUACACGCCGUGAUCCUCACAGAUUUUCCUUACGUGAAAUUGGUGUCGAUACAAUUUAUCGGCGCAGUCGUUAUGCUAUUUAUUAACCACUAUUUAGCAUUUUCAUAUUUCACACAGAAUUUUUACAGUUUUUCAGAGGUUUUGGGAUACUUCACUGUCUGCUUGUGGAUAGUUCCAUUCGCUUUUUUUGUAUCGCUAAAUGCAAACGACAAUGUCUUGCCGACUGUGAACGAACGAACUACAUUACUGACUGAUACAGACAAUGACAUUGUAACUAAUUACUUUUCGCGUCGUAAGAAUAUUGGAUUACUUUCACUUUUUAACUAUGCCAAAGAAUCGAUUCUACCCCAUCGAAUCAAGAAAUCAUUCUGAAUAACCCAGAUAUUUAUGAAAUACAUUUUCGAUGAAAAAUUAAAUUACCUCUUCGAAGAAAUAAUAAACCAUCAUAUUUACUGAUGUGAACAAAACCGAACCGAACAUAACUUAAUACUAUGAACAUUGGGAAAAUAUAAGUCAAGUUCAAGUUAUUA